UAGCUAUAGCACAUGUUGGUCGGACGCUUAUCAAACAUACUCUUAUACUUGCCACUCAUGGAUUAAUAAUUAGAUUUGUAUUGAAAAAUAUCGUUAUCGUAUCGAAAGGCGCAUAUUUUGAUAUUGAAUAUGCAUUUCGGACAAAUUGCUAUGCUCGACAUUCGUCCCAUCGACGCAAUAAUACUUCUGCGGCUUUGCCUGAGGGUAGUAUACCCAUGAAUAAGAAGCAAGAUAUGGAAUUGGGAUUUUCAACCGCCCUAAAAAUUCAUAGAGUAGAAUUCGACUUAUUAGCUACAUAUGAAAUCUUUUCCAUAAUAAUAGAAGAAGUUGGUAUCGAGUAG